AUGACCAACCCGCCGUCUUUGACAGAUACGGUGCUCGAGGCUGUCAAGUCGCUAUAUCCCGAGGCACUUGCAGAUAAAGCAUGGGACAACACAGGACGAGGCCAAACACAGUACUCAUCGGGCACUGUGCUGCUCACAAACGAUCUCACCGCGGCUGUCGUGGACGAGGCUCUCAAUGAGGGUGCCAAGGUCAUUAUUUGCUACCACCCGGUCAUUUUCCGGCCUCUAAAGUCCAUUACUGCCAGUGAUCCCAUGCAAGCCCAGCUCUUGCGUCUCAUCGCCGCCGGCGUCUCCGUGUAUUGCCCGCACACAGCGGUUGAUGCUGCCUCGGGAGGGCUGAACGACUGGCUGUGUGAUCUCCUGCUGGACGGCGAGGCGGCGGCCUCCAAGACAGUCGUGGAGCCCAUCAAAGGCUCGCUGCCUGAAGGUCACGAGGGCUGCGGUUACGGCCGGGCGGUAGAGUUCAGCAACGCCCUUAGUUUCCCCGAUCUGCUCAAGAGAUUUUCAAAGGGCAUCGGCGGCCAUCGCUACAUGAUGGUGGCGUUGCCGACCUCCUACAAGAAGGACAUUUCGGCCAUCCCGCCCAUUUCCAAGGCAGCAGUCUGUGCUGGCUCGGGCUCCAGCGUGCUCCGCAGCACAGAUGCGCAGAUCCUGGUGACAGGAGAGAUGAGCCACCACGAUGCCCUGCGUCACGCGUCCCUUGGCCAGAUCGUCGUGACCGUCUUCCACAGCAACUCAGAGCGCCAGUACCUGACGCAAAGGAUGAAGCCGAUGCUCGAAGAGGCUCUCAAAGACUCGCCGCACGCUAACACACGUGUCGUAGUCAGCACUGCAGACAGCGACCCUUUCGACGUGAUUGACGUCGAGAGCUUGUGA